CUUCCCUGCGAUUCACAACACUGCCUAACAAGCGCCAAUUUUCACGCAUUUUUUCGCCGGCUUGUGUUUUUUUCCCGUCAUCUCAGAAAAUACAAGCGGGAACAUGCCCAAGACAAAGAAGAAGGCACAGGCCUCCUCUUCAGAGAGCGACAGCGGCCCAGAGGAUCGCAAUGAGCCGGCUAGCAAGAAGGCCAAGGAAUCUGCAGCUCCAAAGCCUUCAGCAGGCAAAAAUGCUGGCGGAGAUGAGGCCAACAUUUGGACCCUCGAAGGACUUCGCCAGGUGCGAGUCAGCGAGUUCCGUGGCCGCAAGACGGUGGACAUUCGAGAAUACUACGAGAAGGACGGCAAAACGCUGCCCGGCAAAAAAGGCAUCGCCCUCACUAUUAAGCAGUGGAAGGAACUCCUAAAAGUGGCUGAAGAGGUCACCAGCGCCGUUGAGGACUAAUAUAAGUUGAUCCACACGCCAAACUUUAGGUUAUAAGACUAGUUGUACUAAACACCAUGUAAGCAAGCAUUUUAAUGGGACGAACCCAGUGAAUAAACGUUAUCUGAAUACUUUA